AUGGCCUCCUUUGAGGUUACCCUGGGGCUGAACACAUCGAGAGGUGCAUUCAUCGAAAGGGUGCAUAACGAACUGCUCGAUAAUGAGGUGGACCAGCUCACCAUAACAUCCCUACAUGCCAAGCUGGAUAUCCUCGAAACUUAUUGGGAGAAGUUCGAGGCCACUCAUGAGAAGCUCGUCGGUGGGAGCGCGAAGGUGGACAACGUCUUGGAGUUGUCAUACUUCAAGGACAGCCUCUUUGAUCGGACCAUCGUACACUAUCACGAGGCCAAGGGGAUUCUGGUUCAGCUCAUAGACAGGAAGGGGGUGUCCACCGGCUCACGUCGCUCUGCCGCAGGGGGAACAGCUCAACCUUCAACGGCUAAAAGGUGCCUGCCAGAAAUUGCUCUUCCCAAAUAUUCUGGGGUAUUCUCGGAAUGGAGGUCCUUCCGAGAUUUGUUCAGCUCACUGGUCGGCUCAAACCCAGAUAUUCCAAACGUGGAGAAGAUGCAUUACUUGAGGACGAGCCUCAAGGAUGAGCCAGCUCGAAUCAUCUCCAACAUCGCCAUCUCUGAUGACUCAUUUGCCUCUGCUUGGGAACUGCUCCUUACGCGCUAUGAAAAUAAGCGCCUCCUCGUCUCGGCGCAGCUCGAGCGCCUACUCAACCCACCAGGGAUGACCGCUCACAGUGCUCGAGAGUUAAACACUCUAUUGACCACUGUCGCCGAAGCAUUGAACGCUCUGGAGGCAUUAGGGUCACCGACUGCUCAUUGGGAUCAGGUCCUCGUCUACGUGGUAUCCAAACGGCUCAGCUCGAAGCUCCGAGAAGCAUGGGAAGUGAAAGUCGGGUCGUCCACCGACUUCCCCAGCUUCUCAGCUUUCAAGGACUUCCUCACCGGGAGAGCUCGUGCCAUGGAGAGCAUGGAGAUUAAUACGCCCGCUCGCUCUACGGAUCAGGCUACGAGGCCUACUACUGUCAGCUCAAGAAGGCCUCCCCUGUCGGUCAAGGUGCAUCAUGCAGCUGCUCCACAGCCACAGCAGACCAGGCCAACUCCCAGGAACACCUCAUCAGGGAAAGUGACGUACCCCUGCUCAAUGUGUCAGGCAGACCACUAUCUGUCAACCUGCACAUCAUUUCGUCAGCUCAACGGUCCAGCUCGUCGGGAGAUAGUGGAAAGGUACUAUCUCUGCUACAACUGUCUCGGUCGUCAUUCAGUCAAGGACUGCAGAUCGCAGACGAGAUGCCAGCUCUGUGGAGGUCUCCAUCAUACGAUGCUACACUCCACCUCGACCACAGCUCCACCUAAGCCCAGUCAAAGGCCAUCUUCUAGGACCGCUCAAGGUACUGCUCAAAACCAAGCUGCAUCGUCAUCAGCUCGACCAUCUGGGGUACCAAUGGUCACGUACACCUACGGGGAUGGGGUCACUACUAUUGCCGUUUCGUGCUCAGCUCGUCAGCUCGAUUCUGGAAUUACUGGUUGCCGUCCUGGGGUACUUCUGGCUACGAGUCUAGCUUAUCUCGUGUGCCCAGAUGGAGCCGCUCACCGCAUUCGUCUGCUCAUCGACCCAGGAUCAGAGAUAUCUCUUAUUGGGGACCAGAUUGUGCGUCGUCUCGGACUUACCCGGUCCAAGACUUCACUACUUAUUUCCGGAAUCGGAAACUCGGCAUCUGGGCCGGCACUAGGCAAGGUACCGCUCACUAUACAGUCCACUCAUUCUUCAUUUCAGCUGAGAGUCACGGCUUAUGCUCUCAGCCAGCUCACCACAUCGUUACCGACGUUUACACCCGGACAGCUCAAGUGGGAUCAUCUUGAAGGGUUACAACUCGCUGAUCCCAGCUUCCAAGCACCAGCACCAAUUGACGUCUUACUUGGUGCUGACGUCUACGGUCAGCUCAUCCUGCCAGAGGUCAUUACACAUGACCCAGGAUCACCAUCGGCUCAGCUCACCCGACUCGGAUGGGUCAUCUUCGGGCCCACUGAAAGUGUUGCGUUAGCUCACACGGCCACAGCUCACCUGGCGGUAUCCAAUGAGGACCUCGAUGGCUUACUCACCAGGUUCUGGGUCCAGGAAGAGGUUCCUGAGACUUCAGAGAUACAACUCACCGACGAGGAAGCUCAAUGCGAGGAACACUUUCGGCGGACACACACCAGGGACUGCUCCGGACGUUACAUUGUCCGGUUACCGCUCAAGGCUCCGCCCUCAGUGCUUGGGGAUUCACGAACGUCAGCGCUCGCAUGCCUUCACCGACUGCUCCGGAAGUUCUCCCGUGAUGAGGAAUACCAUCAACUCUAUACAGACUUCCUCAAGGAAUAUGAAGCCCUUGGCCAUAUGCGCCGGGUCUCCGGACAGCUCACUCAGACAGCUCAUCGACAGCGUAUGGGGGAGUACACAGCUCUCGGGACGACCUUAGCACAUGAAGCUCCGGCUUCAGGAGGGUUGAGGGUCCCGAAUAGCUCGUACUCCGCUCAGGCUGUCACUUCUCCGGAAUAUUUCUUUCCUCACCACGGUGUCGUCCGAACCAGCAGCGAGACGACUAAGAUGAGAGUCGUGUUCAACGGCUCCCAUAAGACCAGCUCGGGGCAGACGCUCAAUGAGAUUAUGCAUACUGGAGCCAAACUCCAGAGAGACAUUGCUGAUGUACUGCUCUUCACUCGACGGCAUAAGCUCAUCUUCAUGACGGACAUCACCAAGAUGUUCCGCCAAAUCGGAGUACAUCAGGAUGAUUGGCCGCUCCAACAGAUACUUUGGGCCGAUGCAAAUGGGAACGUCACAACAUAUCAGCUCACCACCGUCACGUAUGGAACUAGAUCCGCUCCAUUUCUUUCCAUACGUGUCUUGAACCAGCUCGUGGAGGACGAGGGCAGUAACUAUCCUCUCGCCGUGGAGCCGCUCACGAAAGGACGAUAUGUAGAUGAUAUUUGCGGAGGUGCUGACUCGGAGGAGGAGUUACUCAAGACCGCUCAUCACGUGACUCAACUUUGCCAAUCAGGCGGCUUCCCGUUGGCAAAAUGGCACUCCAACAGUGCAGGUCUGCUCAGCACACUCAGGUUGGACAGCACCUCCCACGAUCAAAAGGUGAUCGAGGACUCGAUCACCAAGAUCUUAGGAGUCUCAUGGCACCCAGGCACGGACAGCUUCACGUUCUCCAUCGCUCGGCCUGAAACCAACUCCAUCUCAAAACGAAUCAUUCUGUCGGAAACCGCUCAGCUCUUCGACCCACUUGGCUUCCUCGCGCCAGUGGUGGUACGAGCGAAGAUACUACUACAGGCGCUCUGGAUUGAGAAACUGGGAUGGGAUGACCCAGUUUCCCCGACAACAGCGCAUCGAUGGCGACAGUUCAGGGAUGAGCUCAACCAGUUGUCGGAGGUCACCGUGCCACGAUGGCUAGGACUGCUCAAGGGCUUCGACGUGGAAGUCCAUGGAUUCUCCGACGCAUCUCAGGUGGCUAUGGCUGCUGUCAUUUACCUGAAGGUUCCGCACCUACCUGGAAAUGGUAUAACGCUCGUCUGCUCCAAGACUAAAGUAGCCCCGCUCAAACGGCUGACCAUCCCACGCCUGGAACUUACGGCUGCCCUGCUCCUAGCCAAGCUCAUACGUUACGUUCAGGAUCAGCUCAACCUCAGCGCAGCGCCCACAUACCUCUGGACGGAUUCCUCCGUAACACUCACAUGGAUCUGCUCCCACCCAUCACGAUGGAAAGAAUUCGUGAGGAAUCGUGUCGCUCUUAUCCAAGAGCUAACUCAGCCAAGUCACUGGAGGCUGGUGCCUGGCAAGGAGAAUCCAGCAGAUUGUGCUUCUCGAGGUCUCACCGCGCAACAGUUAGCUGCACAUAAGCUGUGGUGGACAGGCCCACCAUGGCUACAACAGGAUAGCUCAUCUUGGCCAACUCACGUUCUAGAAAGGGACCUCAAUGUGGACCUCGAAGAGAAACCGGGUCAGAUUUACUACGGCGCCGCUCAGCAAAUAGCUAUUUGGGAUCUCAUCGAUAAGUUCUCUUCGUUCAACCGACUACUUCGGAUCACCGCGAUCUGCUCAAGGUUCAUCGCUCGGCUUAGGAGGGUUCCUAAUACGUCACUCCAUUAUCCGCUCACGCUCAGCGAACUGGAAGACGCACGGCUCCUUUGGAUCAAGCUCACCCAGACAGCUCAUUUCAGGGAGGAACUACGGAUCAUCUCUCGCGGGGAGAAAUUCACCAGGUCCCAUCCGCUCACCAAGCUCACCCCGUUUAUCGAUCGUCAAGGGAUCCUGCGUGUUGGUGGACGGCUCAGGUUCGCACAGCUCGACCCCGAGAGCAAAAAUCAAGCAAUCAUCCCGAAGGAAUCGCAACUGGCUCGCUUGCUGAUAAGCCAAGCUCACCUAAGGACACUUCACGGCGGGACACAGCUCACUCUUCGUCAGCUCAGGACAGCUUACUGGAUCCUCGGAGGCCGAGCUCCAGUACGCUCCUUCAUCCUUAAAUGCGUGAAGUGCGCUCGACAACGUGGGAUACGUGCUCAACAGCUCAUGGGACAGCUGCCACCAGCCCGACUCACCCCCGCUCGCGCCUUUCUCAACACGGGGGUUGAUUACGCCGGCCCCAUAUCGCUCCGGUCCUGGAAGGGACGGGGCCACAAGUCAUACAAGGGAUGGUUGGCUAUCUUUGUCUGUAUGACCACCUCAGCCGUGCAUCUCGAGGUAGUAUCAGACUACUCAGCUGAUACAUUCCUAGCGGCAUACAGACGUUUCUCCAGUCGGCGCGGGAUCGCUCACACCUUAUUCAGCGACUGCGGUACCACCUUUCUCGGCGCUGAUAGGGAGCUCAGGAGGCUAUUCAUAGCAGGAUCAUCCAAAUCUCGACAGCUCGCCCAGCUCCUCAUUCAAGAUGGGACUCAAUGGUCCUUCAACCCUCCAAGCGCACCACACUUCGGAGGCAAAUGGGAGGCGGCAGUGAAGUCGGUGAAAUAUCAUCUCACCCGGACUAUUGGGGAGGACCUGCUCACCUUCGAGGAACUUACCACCUUGCUCACCCAAGUUGAGGCAGUUCUCAACUCACGGCCGCUUGAACCGCUCACUGAUGAUCCUGAUGACUGCUCGGCUCUGACACCAGGGCAUUUCCUUAUAGGCCAGGCUCCUACGACUCUUCCAGAGCCAUCACUGGAGAAUCUUAACAUCUCUAGACUCUCCCGAUGGCAGCUCAUCCAACAAAAACUCCAAGGGUUCUGGAAGAGAUGGUCCACAGGAUAUCUCCAACGUCUACAGGCCAUAUCCAAGUGGUACCACCCAACUCACGACAUCAACGUCGGCUCUUUAGUCCUACUCACGGACGAGAGGUUUCCUCCAUCAAAGUGGCCUCUCGCCCGAGUGACCGCUCUUCACCCUGGCAAGGAUGGGCUUACGCGAGUAGUCACACUCCGGACCGCUCAGGCGACGUUAACGCGCCCCAUCGUUAAGCUCGUACUCCUGCCACUCGUCAGCUCAUUGGCCUUCACCUGGACUUCGUCAACCCUGACGGAUUUACGACCCGGCACGAUCAGCGAGGUCCACCGUGAAGAUGGAGUCACCCGGAUUGGACGGGAUUUACGACCCCCCCCCCCCAACGUCUCGGAUGAUUCCAAGCUUAGCCAGCACACCAAGGAUCAGCUCUUCGGACAGCUACAGGGUGAUCCACCCAGCAUACGCUCUGUGAAUAUUUUUGAUUCCCAAAUUGUUGUUUUAGGUCAUAUUGUUCAUCGACAGCUACACUCAAGACCUAUUUCACAUUUUUUGGGUGAUGGGGCGCCACUUUCUGGACCGCUCACAGCCAUCCGGCAUAAGGGGGAUGCCCCACCACCGACCUCGAGGCCCCUCGAAAUCGUCCGAUUGAGCGAUCGGGCAGCCUCGCUCGUUCACUUUCGUCCGGGAUUCAACCGCUCAAAUAUUGAUAAUCGAAUUAUAAAGCACCGCUCAUUAUUGAGGCAUUUAUAUUUCAUUACCAUCCGGCAUAAGGGGGAUGCCCCACCACCGACCUCGAGGCCCCUCGAAAUCGUCCGAUUGAGCGAUCGGGCAGCCUCGCUCGUUCACUUUCGUCCGGGAUUCAACCGCUCAAAUAUUGAUAAUCGAAUUAUAAAGCACCGCUCAUUAUUGAGGCAUUUAUAUUUCAUUAUGACGUGCCGUGUAACCGGUUAUCUAUUUUUUUUUGGACUGCUCAAACCCACCCACACCGAUCCCCUCCGAUCCAGAACAUUCUUCCAACAUUUUUUGGUCCUUCGAGCCGGAUUGGAGGAACAUUUCGUGUUAAUUGGUGAAAUUGUGCGAGUGUGUGAGUGGGAAAAAUCGGCUCAGCGCGGGAAGCAUAGCGGCAUUCGCAGUGCCGCCCCACCAUCAACGAGGGCCCGCCCCUGCCGUCCGACAGUGUCGCCCCAACCACGCCGAGCGCCACCGGCACUUGAUAGUGCCGUCUCACCACAACCAGGGCCCGCUCCUACCAUUCGACAGUACCGACCCUCCAUCAUCGAGGGCCUGCUCCUGCCGUUCAGAUAG